AUGGAUGUUAAAAACGCAUUUCUCCAUGGAGAUCUUGUGGAAAAAGUUUACAUGAAGCAGCCAGCUGGAUUUGUAGACAAAGAUAAGCCAGAUCAUGUGUGCCUUCUUCACAAAUCCUUAUAUGGCCUAAAACAAUCUCCUAGAGCAUGGUAUGACAAGUUUAGUACCUUCCUCUUGGAGUUUGGCUUUCUUUGUAGUCUAUGGGAUCCUUCUCUCUUUGUCUACUCUCGUAACAAUGACAUGAUCUUCCUGCUGCUUUAUGUCGAUGACAUGAUCAUCACUGGUAGCAAUUCUCACACGCUCACUCAUCUUCUUGCUGAGCUCAGUAAACAGUUUCGCAUGAAGGACUUGGGAAGAGCUCACUAUUUUCUUGGCAUACAGCUUCAAUACUUUCCUGAUGGUAUGUUUAUGUCUCAACAGAAAUAUGCAGAGGAUUUAUUGAUUGCAGCUCAGAUGGAAAACUGUGCAUCGAUGCCAACACCUCUACCAUUGGAACUUGACAAAGUACCAGACCAACAAACAGAGUUCCCUGAGCCAACCUACUUUCGGAGUUUAGCUGGAAAGCUGCAAUACUUAACGUUAACUCGGCCAGACAUUCAGUUCGCAGUCAACUAUGUGUGCCAGAAGAUGCAUAAACCGACCACUUCUGACUUCCAUCUGCUCAAAUGA